ACUAAAAAAUAAUAAAAUUCCAACAAACAAAAGCUCAGAUCUGCGAGACAUUUCCUCACCAUUUCCACCGCAGCCAUUUCCGAUCCUCACCAUCAUCUACAGCAGCCACACCACCGCACAGCCCCGCAGCCUCAACCGCCACCGCCUCCGCCUUCCACCGCCAUUGCAGCCUUCGUCCACCUCCGCGACCGUCCCUCUCCCUUUAUCUCUCACUCUCAUGCCUCCGCCUCCACCACCACCGCCACGCCUCCACCGCGAUGCCUCCACCUCGAUUCCUCUACAGCUGCCGACUCUCACUAUCACUCUCUCAGAUCGACUGAGACCAAAGGCUCAAAGGUGUUCUUUUCUACGGCCCCCCAGGAUGUGGGCCAAGGCAAUAGCAAAUGAAUGUCAAGCCAACUUCAUUAGUGUUAAAGGGCCAGCAUUGCUCACCAUGUGGUUUGGAGAGAGUGAGGCCAAUGUUCGAGAAAUUUUUGACAAGGCUAGAGGAUCAGCCCCAUGUGUUCUGUUUUUUGAUGAGCUUGACUCUAUUGCCACUCAGGCUGCAUCAGGGACUUGGGAGAUUUCUAUUUUAUCAAGGAGCUGGUUAGUAGAAAGACCGGUAAUUUGUUUAAGGAUACUUGUAGCAAUCCAUGGUAAUACCAUACAAUCUCACCAAAAACAGGAGCUUGGCACAGAUGUAACCUUUACGCAUUGGUGUUUUGUGAAUCUGUUUUAAAUGAUGCAAUUUUAUCAAGGAGCUGAGUAGUAUGGUGAAGAAGAAGAAGAUUGGUGAUGUUUAUUUAAUAUUUGUGAUGUAAUAAGUAUACACAAAAAUUAGAAGAAUCAGAUGUUUAAUAUUUUAUUUAUUAUUUGUAAUUAUUUUCAUUUAUUAUUAUUAGAAUGUUUUUUUUUU